AUGAAUGGCCAGUCUGUUGCCGUCCUAGUCUGUACUGCUCUCGUUCUGAGCCUGAAAGGUGCUGCGGAGACUCGUAGUGUUGAAGAGGCAAGACCAAACGUCGAACACGAACUGGAAGAAGCGCUCAACAAGCUCGAGGACCAGGAGAAACGUUUCCUUGCAGUAGGUAUUGACUUCCACGGAGGGACCUCUGCCAAAUACUUCCAUGCAGUUAUACUCAACACAAAGGCUCAAUCAGUGAGGCUUGGCCGUGUGGUGAGGCAGAGGUUGUAUGCUAUUAAAGCUCUCACUAAGGUUUCUCCCGCCUUUACCAACUACAGCCGACAGGAAGUCGUCGCGGAGGUAUCCAAUCUUGUUUCCGAGAGUUCGUCUUUUAAAGAUCUUUUUCGAAAUAAUGGAACCUGCCCAACGGACGAGGUGAUCACCUGUGACCCACACUCUCGUUACCGUACAGCUGACGGCCGCUGCAACAACCUCCACAACCCGCGAUGGGGAAAGGCUUUCAUUCCCUUCAGGAGAUUCCUGCCUCCAGUGUAUGACGACGGAAUUUCCGAGCCCAGAGCUCGUGGUAGCGAUGGCAACGAUCUCCCCAACCCCCGCCUCGUGAGUAGGACCCUCCAUGCCAGCGAUGAGAAUGUUCCAGAAUCACCUGUCCACACCCACCUGGUGAUGCAAUGGGGCCAGUUUAUUGACCACGACAUCAUCAUCACCCCCAUACAAACAGGUGCCGAUGACUCUGUUAUCACCUGCUGUGUAGAUGAUAUCCCACCUGACAGCCCACCAGAGCUCAUAGCACUGCUUGAGGACAGGGAUGUCUGUUUCCCCAUUCCUAUCCCGCCCGGCGAUCCCACGUUCACAAACAGGACGUGUUUAAACUUCGUACGCUCUAUUCAAGUUCAAAACACCGACUGUGAAUUUGAGCCUGUAGAACAGCUCAACCAGCUGACAGCCUUCGUGGAUGGGUCCGCCGUGUAUGGGUCCACUCAAGAGGAACAAGAUGCACUGCGUCUGCAUGAAUAUGGACUGUUAGACUUUCAAGAUGAUCGACUUGAGAUGCUUCCGAAUUCCAACAUGCAAAAUUGCAUUCCUGAAAAACCUUCUGACAGUUCUUGCUUCCUAGCAGGUGAUGAAAGAGUUAACGAACAGAGCGGCCUCACCAGCAUGCAUACAAUAUGGAUGCGAGAACACAACCGGAUCGCCCGAGCUCUGAAUCAACUAAAUCCUCACUGGGACGACGAGUGUAUCUUCCAAGAAACAAGGAGGAUUGUUGGUGCCAUGAUCCAGAAAAUCACAUACGAGGAGUUCUUGCCAGUUAUCCUCAACAAGCACACCAUAAAGUUCUUUCGACUGGAACCGAGCAAAGGUGGAUACAGAACCGUCUACAACGAGAAUACAGAUCCCAGCAUAAGAAACGCAUUUUCAACUGCAGCCUACCGUUUUGGACAUUCUUUAAUCCGUGGAACAUUCUCCCAGCUAAGAUCCCCCUAUGAAAUUCAUGGAAAAACUACGCUGACGUCAAUGUUUGGCAACGCUUCUUUGAUCUUUGACACGAAAGGUCAGUCAAUACCGUGGCUGCUCGGCGGAAUGACCAGAGACCAUGUCGAAGCAUUUGACCGUUUCAUGACACCGGAUGUGACCAAUAAGUUGUUCUUGGACAAGGAGGGUAAUAGUCUGGACUUGGCAUCUCUGAACAUCCAGAGAGGGCGAGAUCAUGGUCUGCCAGGAUACAACGCCUGGAGGAGAUGGUGCAAGCUUCCUGAAGCUGAAAACUUUGGAACUGGGUUCAACGGGCUUGUUGAUCAUCCUAGUGACGCAGCUCGUCUUCUGGGACGGCUAUACAAUCACCCUGACGACAUCGACCUGUUCCCUGGUGCCAUCAGCGAACGCCCCCUCCCUGGAGGUAUCGUCGGACCAACUGUUGCAUGCAUCAUUGGCACCCAGUUCCAGCUCCUCAAAGAAGGGGACAGGUUUUGGUACGAGACGGCAAUGGAUCCAGUCCGCUUCUCUAUAGGUCAGCUCCGCUCUCUCCAGUCUGUGACGAUUGCCAAGGUUGUCUGUGAUAAUGCCAGACUGGCUCUCAUCCAGCCAUAUGCACUCCAGUACAAACCCUCUGGUCAGAUGCAGAGACCUGCCAGAUCUUGA